AUGUUACGUUCUAUAUCGGUGAAGCAUGCCUGGUGGCCAAGGAUUUUGACGGGCCAAAGAAUUUGGUAUUCCACACAGAUGGCAGUGACUCCGGAAGAGAAGAUGAUUAUGGACAAACUACAACAGGAACUAGAGCCAGAGGUGUGUAAGGUGCAAGACGUUUCCGGUGGCUGCGGUUCUAUGUUUUCCAUCAAUGUAACAAGCAAGAAAUUCAACGGGCUGAGUCUCAUCAAGCAGCACCAACUGGUGAACAGAAUUUUGAAAGACGAUAUUUCCAGAUGGCAUGGCCUGCAACUGACCACCAAGAAGGCAAGUGCAAAGGGUUCGGCAUCAUCAUGA